AACGAAAUUUCUUCAAAAACUGUUUCUUUUCGUCACUUUUUCCUCUCUCCCUGGAUUUGGAUCUUUAAGGAACUCGAAUUCCAUUUUUUUUUCUUUUUUUUUUUUUACAAUGAGUAAAUAUUAAAGAAAGCCAAACAUUUCUGGGUUUUUGAGGGCUUUUCUCGAAUUUAAAGGAAGGUUUUUUUUUUUAUUUCUUUUUUUUCUUUCCUUCCUUCACGGUGGUCUGAUGGGGGCAGAGAAUAUCUCGAUUUCUAGCUCUCAGAACGAGAAUACGGAUGCCCAGGUGGUGUUGAAUGUUUAUGAUCUCACUUCUGUCAACAAUUACACCUAUUGGUUCGGUUUUGGGAUAUUUCAUUCCGGCAUUGAAGUGCAUGGUAAGGAGUAUGGAUUUGGAGCUCAUGACUUCCCAGUCAGUGGAGUUUUUGAAGUGGAGCCACGGAGCUGUCCUGGUUUCAUUUAUAGAUGUUCCAUCCCACUGGGCCGCAUAAAUAUGCCUUCCUCUGAAUUUCGUACGUUUAUAGAAACCAUGGCUUCUGAGUAUCAUGGGGACACCUAUCACCUCAUCUCUAAGAAUUGCAACCAUUUUUCAGAUGAUAUCUCACAUAGGUUGGUGGGCAAGUAUAUACCACGGUGGGUAAAUCGACUUGCCCGGCUAGGUUCUUUAUGCAGUUGUCUGCUUCCAGAAAGCCUUCAAGUAACUACCAUUAAACAGCUGCCUGAAUACCACGAGUGCAUGGAAGAUGGAAAUGAAUCCUUGGCAACCACUACCCCCCGUGAGUCAACAGAGAUCGAUGAUGCAGAUCAAGAGAAGCACUUGCUGUCCCCAAAUGCUGAAUGUGGGGAAGUGGCUUUUGUAAAAGAGGUCCACAAAUGAAGCUAAGCUGCCUUAUUAAGAAAGGGUAAAAAGAUAGCUUGGAACAACGUUGUGAUAAUCUCUGCUGAGUGUUGUGGCUGGAAUUUGGAAGGGAAACUUGCUUCUCAUUCUUUGAAGGCUGAAACUUGGGCAGCAUCAUUUGCUUGUGUGCAUGGAUGGCUGUUCAUCCUAUUGUUGUAACCGCAUCAAAUUUUUUCUAUUUAUCUUGCUUUGAUUUCUUGUCCCGAGUCCUUUUUUCCUGCUUGUUUUGUUUCAUUUGUUCAACUGAAGCAUCUGAAAUUACAUUGUAGUUUGCCGUGAUUGUUGA